AUGGAGGACCAAGUAAAAGAGGUGACCGAAAUGGGCAUCACAGCGAUGCAACUCGGCUUGUACGACGAGGUGGAAAUUACCAGCGGUCGUUGCCAGCUCCUUUUCGGAAGCCCGGAAUCCAGGCUGAUGAAAAAGAAGUGGAGGGACAUGCUAGGCUCCGAUGUUUUUCAAGCCAACUACAUGGAAAGAAGAAUACCGAGAAACCCAAAGUACGAACACAUCAAGACCCAAUUGGAUACAGGAUGCAGCCUUACGAAGCACGCGGAAAGACUGGAGGAUAUUAAAAAAAAUUACAGGUACCGUGCAGAUGAAGUAUUUAAGCGGUUAAAGGUUUCGUCAUUUGCCCAAUUGAUACUUCAGGUAGCCUCUGGGUUUCACCUGAAUGAAUGUGAGGACGGUGACUCACACAGCCCAGACGAUGCCCUGUCAGAGAUGUCUGAUGCAGACCUGGAGAGUUUGUCCAAAUACACCAACAGUGCCCUACACACGUCACCACUUUCUGAUCCCCAUGAUGCAGGUGACACCAGGGAGAACUGCUACACUUCAAGGUCAACGCUGCUAAGCGUUGUCAGUGGUGUAGGAGAGCUGAGCCUCGGCAUGAAGUGUCAGAAGAUGGACAAUGAAGCUGACAGGCCCUACCCCGACUGCCCCUACCUGCUGCUGGACGUGCGUGACCUUGAUCAAUACAACCGCUGUCACAUCAUCAGCGCACACAGUUUCCCGGUUGCCCAGCUGUCUCAAACAAUGAACCCCUUCUCCAAAGAAGUGCUGGAAUAUAAAAACACUGCAGGGAAGUUCAUUAUUGUGUAUGAUGAGAAUGAGAGAAUAGCCAGCCAGGCAGCCACCACCAUGUGUCAGCGAGGAGUCGAGAAUCUGUUUAUGUUGUCUGGAGGCCUCAAGGUAAUCGCUCAGAAAUUUCCAGAGGGGUUGACGACGGGCUCCAUCCCAAUACCUUGCCUGUCGUCUCCCACUUCGUCAAAGGGGAAGAAGGGUGCUGUGCAGCAGCAGAUGCAGGCGGCAGAGAUGAGGAGGCGCUUUACAUCAGAUGAGCUGACUAAGAUCCAGGAGCAGCUGGAAGAGAUACUCAUCCCAAGUAACCAGAGCAGCCGAUUCCGCCGCAUGUGGACCCUUAGCUCCCACUUCUCUGCAUCUGGAAGGAACAGUUCCAGGCUUCAAAGCAGUCAACCCUGGAAAUAACAUACAACCAGCAGAUAUACAGAAUUAAACAUACUUCCGCCCAACCUAAUCAGUGGUAAACAUUUUUAAGAAAACCCCACAUUCCAUCUUCACUUGUGGAGAUUUUAUGCCUAGCUCCAUCACCAUGAUAUUCCUAAAAGAGUUAUAGUUUGAUUUCUGCAGUGUCAAACAUUGAAUGCUGACAUGAUAUGGAGGAUGUUCUUGGGAUGUCUGUUUUAAUGGUGAUUUGUUCCAUUGUGCUCUGCACCUUACUAGUGAAUUUAAUUAAAAUAUGGACAUUUUUGUGAUCA